GGUCGGGGGGAGAGGGUAAGCGGAAAAGGUCUAUAUAAUAAAUAUAUGGGGUAUAUAUAUAGUGGAGGAGUAUACCUAACUAACAUAUGAGAAAAGAGUUGAAUAUAUUACGAUGGACAGGAAUGAUCUACACCAAAAAGGUGAAGACUUCUGGAUAAAUUCAACGAUUCUUCAAGUGCGUGAAUUACGUGACAAGGUGGCAUCGAAAGCUUGUGGCGGAGAAAAAUGUUGGAUAUCAAGAAUUAUGGCAGAUGUGAAUUCCAUAUUACGUUUUAUGGAACUACAAUUGAUAGAAAUUAAGCCUAUGGAAUAUGGAUUGAUGUACUUUAUGGAUGUUGCUCCCAUGGGGAUAGAUGACGAUACAAUGUAUCAUUUAUACGUCCAUGUUUGUAAACUCGUUACCAUUUUAUUAUGUACACAUUCUUGCAUUACGCGUAUUGAUAUGAAACAAAGGCAUGUUCGAGCAUAUUUUAAUAGCCGUAAAAAUCUCGAUUGUGCUAUUGCUUUGAAUAAGGGUUUGAAUAAUAUUUCAAUUGAAUGUGAAAGUUGGUACGGUGAACAUCUAGAUAACCUUCUAAAACCAAUUUGUCAAACAACAAAUAGAAUAACUACUCUGUGUAUUGAAAAUACCAGGCUGACGGAAAACACGUGUGUGCAUUUCGAGAAAAUGAUUGUCAUGCAACCACUUAUACAUGUGAAGUUUCACUUUCAUAUGUCUAGAGUAGUGUCUAAUAAAAUAAUCCCCCUUUUAUGUGAAAAGAAAUUGGAAACGUUAUUUUUGGCUAAUCAAUCUCUUGGCGAAAUUGCUGCAUUGGCUCUUGGUAAAUUUUUAUCUCGUGAAACUUGUCGUUUAAAAACGCUAAGCUUUAUGAAUCUUUAUUACGUGAAUAAUUACUUUGAUACCCUAGGUCCAGCACUCGGUAUUAACCGUAGUUUAAUUACGUUAUUGAUUCGUAAUGUUUUAAAAAUGACAAUUGAUGAUGGUCUUUCAUUAUUAAAUGGAUUAAUGACAAACGUAACGCUGAAACAUUUAACAUUACACCACUGUAAUAUGCGAUUUGUUUCUGACGCCCUGUCAAAAAUGAUUAAACAUAACACAACGCUGACAUAUCUAAAACUAGACGAUUAUGGGUUUACUGAUCAAUUUGGUAAAGACCUCGCGGAAGCAUUGGAGUAUAAUUCGAAUCUAGAACGUCUUGUUAUAGACGAUGGUACGAUCACACCAGCGUUUAAGAUGUCUUUAAUAGAUGCUUUGAGUAAAAACACAAAGAUUAAAGAAUUGCGAUUAAAACACAGCAACAUAGACGAAAACAUUGUUCGAUCUUUAGAUAGAUCGUCAUCAUAUCACCGAACAAUGUAUAACUAUGAUGAAAUGUGUGUAAGAAAUUUAAUUGUUAGUAUGAAGAACGAUCCACUUAAUAUCACAAAACUAAAAUUAUUUUCUUACGAAAAAUAUUCUGACACGAGUUGUUUAAAAGAUUUUGUUAUGUCUUUGGUUCAUUUACCAUUCCUUGAAACUCUGAAAAUUAAGACUGAAUCACGUUUUAACGAUGAAGUUGCAAUUAUAUUUAGUAAAUAUAUAGAAGGUGUCGUGAAUCUUAAAAACGUAAAAAUUUCAUAUCCGCAACCCAAUGACGUGGUGAAAAUACUUUUGGAAGGUUUACGCAAAAACAACAGCAUAAUUGAUUUUGAUAUAGAGUGCAAUUGUAGAUGCACUGGUAUUGUCGAUUAUUUUAUAGAAUUUUUUAAAACAAAUACGAAAAUGGAAACUUUUAGAACCGUUUACGUGACUAAAGAUGCGUUAGAAAAAAUUUGUAAAUCAUUUUAUCUAAACACUAGUUUAACACAUGUUCGUCUUGGUGGUCCUACAGAUUGUAAUGAUGGAUUGUUUCAAAUUCGGAAAAUACUGCAACGUAAUAAAUCGCUCGUUAAUCGUGCGGUAGAGUUUGUCUUGAAUCCAUACAUAUGCAGUACGGCGAGUGCUUAUAUAUACGAUCGUUUACGCCUUUCCAAUCAAUUAAAGAUUGUACUUGUUGAUGUUGUAGAAAAGGAAGAAAUAGCGAAUAAACUAUUGAGGUGUGCACGUAAUUAUACUAUAUGUAAUUUUUUUUUGUUAACUGGUAUUUGUAAAAGCUUUAUGAGCUGCUAUCCAAGCAAUACCAUUCAAUUCGAUUCCAUUUGCUACGACUGUGUCAUUCAUAUUUGUUCCUAUUUAAAUCUGAGUGAUGUGAAAUAAACAUGCGCACGAUCGUGUUCGUGUAAUUACAAAUGUGUUGCUGUUGGUUUGUUUCGUGUUAUUGUUUUUUUUUUGAAUAAAAUCAAAUUUGCUUCUUUA